GGAGCAAUCCAAGAUUUUUACCUUAUUCCGAGUGGAGAAGCUGCUGGCAAACAGUGCGAUAUUUACAGUACCGAUUGUGCACAAGAUCGCAUGAUGGGAGACGAGGGACCGACUGGACCGAUGGGUGAUAUGGGUCCACCGGGAGACAAGGGUGAACCGGGUGCUCAUGGUAGUGACGGUUUGCCCGGGGAAGCUGGACCACCUGGACCGGCCGGUUCGUUGUUUGUGAUACCACUGAAUUUGGGCAUUGGCAGUAGCAAUUUUGCUCGAGCUGCGACCUUCCGGGAUCUGUUGCAAAAACAUCUGCUUUCCCUGAAAGGUGUUCGCGGUCCUCGUGGUAUGACCGGUAUUCCUGGACCCGAUGGAAUGCAAGGUGAACGUGGUAUCAAAGGAGAACCAGGACAUCCUGGUGAGACUGGAUUCCAAGGACCUCGCGGUGCGAUGGGUUUGAUUGGACGACCGGGACCAGCUGGUCCACCCGGUCGAGAUGGAUCGCGCGGUGAGCCGGGACCGAACGGACCACCGGGUGAAGACGGUCGACCUGGUGAUUCCGGUCAUAUGGGACCAAAAGGUGCCAAAGGAGAAGUAGGUCUUCGUGGCCCGAAAGGUGAUUUCGGUCUACCCGGUGCUGAAGGUCCCCGUGGUCCGGUCGGGGAUCCGGGUGAACAGGGUGAGAUCGGUCUGCCUGGAGUUCAAGGUCCAAUCGGUGUUCCCGGUCCACAAGGUCCACGGGGUAAACCUGGUGGGAUAGGACCACGAGGUCGCAAAGGUGAAAUUGGUGAACAAGGUGUUCCCGGGUUGGCCGGGCCACCAGGACCAGCCGGUGCACCUGGUCCUGAGGGUAUUGCCGGUCCACGUGGUCCCCCUGGUCCAUCCGGUCAACCGGGACGUGUUGGAGCUGCCGGUGUUCCCGGUUCGGAUGGAGCUCCCGGAUUCCCAGGUCAGAAAGGUGAUACUGGACCGAAAGGUGAUGUCGGUCUAGUUGGUCAAAAAGGCGAAGCCGGUAUUCAGGGACCCCGCGGUUAUAAAGGUGAUCGUGGACGAAUGGGUCCGAUGGGACCGAAAGGUGAUGCUGGUAAACCCGGACCGAUGGGCGUGAACGGAGAGGUCGGUCCGAAAGGUGUCAAAGGUGACAUCGGUCUACCCGGCCCCGUGGGCACACCCGGUCCAGUGGGUGAGAAAGGUAAUCCGGGACCUCAAGGUCCCGCUGGAGCACGCGGUGAUCCCGGUGUGAAAGGAUUUAUCGGUGCAAUCGGUCCACCCGGACCGCCAGGACCUGACGGAGAACGUGGUGUGAUUGGUCCAGCCGGUCCACGUGGUCGAGAUGGUGACAAAGGUGAAAUUGGUAUUCCAGGUGCCCCAGGUGACGUGGGUGAACAAGGUCAACGAGGAUCACCCGGGUCCAGAGGAGCACCGGGUAAAAUGGGUCCACCCGGAUUGAAGGGUGAUUCGGGAGCGGUUGGACCGGUCGGCCCAGCCGGUCCAAUUGGUGAACAAGGUGUGCAAGGACCAAUGGGACCAGUUGGACCGACGGGACCACAAGGCCCGGUAGGUCGACCUGGACCUGUCGGAUUUCCCGGACCUCGUGGAGAGCCUGGUGAACGUGGUCCCCCCGGUCAACCGGGUGCAUUGGGUAGUACUGGACCUCCCGGGGCGACCGGUGACCCUGGUCCAGACGGUGAACGUGGCCCCAUGGGACCUCGGGGUCCAGCUGGUGAUGCAGGUAAAGACGGUCUACCUGGACGAGACGGUGCCCCUGGUGCUAAGGGAGUCCGUGGUCCGCAAGGUUUGGCUGGAGCCCGUGGUGCGCGUGGAUUCCCCGGAUUCGACGGAAUGCCCGGACGUCCUGGACCUGCUGGUCCAAAAGGAGAAUCCGGUCCUACUGGUGAGCCCGGUCCAAUCGGAAGCAAAGGCUAUAUGGGUGAUCAAGGACCGAUAGGUCCAAUCGGACCUCCAGGUUUAACCGGACCGCGCGGACCACCGGGACCAGCUGGUGAGAAAGGUUCAACCGGUGUGGAUGGUCCUUUCGGUCUGAUUGGUUCACGCGGACCACGUGGUCCCCAAGGUCGUCCCGGUCCGACCGGUCAGUUGGGUCCGCACGGCUUUGACGGUGAGAAAGGAUCAAAGGGUGCGUCCGGUCCAUCCGGAAUCAAAGGUGACAAAGGUGGUGUGGGUAUUCGCGGUCCUCCUGGUCCAAUUGGUAGCCCCGGUUUGCCUGGAAUUCAAGGUCCACCAGGUAUCCCCGGUCAACCGGGUGAAGAAGGUCCUCAAGGUCUGAUUGGUCCGGAGGGAAAUCGUGGUAUUACUGGCGCGCCCGGUCCCAUUGGAAUGCGCGGUGCCCCCGGAGCUCCCGGUCUGCCGGGUGAAAAAGGUGACACUGGUCUUCCCGGUCCACGUGGUCCUCGUGGACCAACCGGUUUGGCCGGUCCGCCAGGAAUGAUGGGUCAACAAGGUGAUGUUGGUCCAGUCGGGGCGGCCGGACCGCAAGGAGACAAAGGUGAUCAGGGUAUCCACGGUGUACCCGGGUCUAUUGGAUUCCCCGGAACCCCGGGUAUUCAAGGUGUGGUCGGAGCUCCCGGUGAUGAUGGACCCCCGGGAUUGCAAGGACCACCGGGAGAUAUGGGAAUUCCCGGCGUGAAAGGUCCGAAAGGAGAACUAGGUCCCGCAGGUUUGCCCGGCCCAGCUGGUCCGAAAGGCCCGGUCGGUGCCAAGGGAGCUCCCGGUCCAAUGGGUCCAGACGGUGCACCUGGCCCACGGGGUAAAAUGGGUAAAACCGGUCCUCGUGGUCCACCCGGUCCAGCCGGCCCAGAAGGUGCACCGGGUAUGACCGGCCCACAAGGUCCAGAAGGUCCCCGCGGUUUGAAAGGAGUGAAGGGUGAGACAGGUGAACAGGGACCGAUGGGUGAUCCAGGUCGACGAGGAGCAGUCGGUGUAACUGGACGACCCGGCCCGGUCGGUAUGCCCGGAUUGCGUGGACCAGUUGGUCUCCCAGGUCCAAUGGGCAAGCCAGGAGAACGCGGUUCCGAGGGUGUUGCGGGUAAACAAGGUGAUAUUGGUGAGCAAGGCAAACCGGGUAUCAAAGGUAUCAAAGGUGCUUACGGUCCCGUCGGUCCCGUUGGUCCAAUGGGACGCAAAGGAGAGAAAGGUGUGCCCGGUUUGGAAGGUGCUCGCGGACCGGAUGGGCCAAAAGGUGAACGUGGUCCUGUCGGCCCAAUCGGAGAUCCAGGUAUUCCCGGACCAUCCGGUCCCGAAGGUCCCGAGGGUCCGGCUGGCUAUCCAGGUCGUCCAGAUACGCCCCGAUCGAAACGCAGCGUGGACGGCGUGAUCCCGAAAUUGGAUCCAGGUAAGGUGAAACGAUUCGGUAAGUAUUUGGUGCAAGUUGGAAUCUGA